UUUAUUCCAGGUUCUUCUAAAAGGCCAGCCUUCUCCCCAGCUUAUAAAUUUCCAAUCAAAAGCGUUUACCAGGGCCCACCCCUCGUCGUGGUCAAUAAAGCGAGUCUGAAAUCACUUGCCCCUGCUUCUGUGUGAAUUUCAAAGAUCACCACCAGGACUUGCUGCGCCAAAGGUGCUAACAUCACUAAACUCACGAUAUCCAAACGAUGGGGCUGUUUUACAACGUUAACAAAUGGAUCGAAGAAAACAAGAAGUAUUUCAACCCCCCGGUCUGCAAUAAGCUCAUGCACAGUGGCCAGUUAAAAGUUAUGUUUGUUGGAGGACCUAAUGAAAGGAAAGAUUACCACAUAGAAGAGGGAGAAGAGAUCCCUGCAGAACACCACGAGUCACGGACCUCCCACCAGAAAAACAUCCUUCCACCACUGCCUUCUACGGACAAGCCAGUUCUGAUUCCAUGCAGCCAAGUCACAUGGAUCCAAUGCGUCUUAAUCUUCUGGUUGUUUUACCAGUGCCAGGGUGACAUGUGCCUGAAGAUCAUAGAGAAAGGAAAACAUAAAGAUGUGCACAUUCGAGAAGGAGAGAUGUUUUUGCUACCAGCUCGAAUACCUCAUUCCCCUCAGCGACAGGCAAACACGAUGGGGCUGGUCUUUGAAAGGACAAGGCUGAAGACAGAGUUAGAUGGACUCAGAUACUAUGUUGACAAUUCCACUGAUGUGCUGUUUGAAAGAUGGUUCUACUGUGAGGACCUGGGCACCCAGCUUGCUCCCAUCAUAAAGGAAUUUUUCAACUCUGAAGAAUAUAGAACUGGGAAACCAAAUCCAGACAAAUUACAGAAAGAAAUUCCACUUUGUCUAAAUACGAUUAGCACAGUUAUGAAGCCAUUUUCACUUCAAGAUUGGCUCUGUCAGCACAGUAAGGAUAUUAAAGAAAACCGAGUUGUUGAUAUGUUUGGUGAUCAAUUUGAGACCAAGACGGUGGUUUAUGGAACUGGAGAGAGUGAGGAAAAGCAGAGUGCAGACACUUGGAUAUGGCAGCUGGAGGGUAAAUCUGUGGUGGUGAUUGAUGGUCAAACUACGAACCUGACUGCUGGAGAUAGCCUGCUCAUCCCAUUAAAGACGGAGUAUAUAUGGAAAAGAGCUGAAGAAACUGUGGCACUUUGUGUCAUACAGGACCAGGCACGGAAGAAAUCCUAUGUUAAAUAACAGUUCUGCAGGCACAACAUUUUCUUUACCUGUUUCAUUUCAUUGCACAUGUAAUCAUUGGAAUAAUUUUAAGUGAAUCCUCUCAUUUAUUGUGAUUGCAUUUUUUUAAAUUUUGGGAAAGGAGUGAAUCGUAGGUUAAAAGGAUGAAAAUCUUCAGAUGUUCUAAAUACAGGCACAUAGGAGAGGGUUUUGUUUUUUUUAAAAAAAGGCCUUCCAUUGGUCAUUAUAUGAGUUGAAUCUGAAGAAUGAGCUGCUGUAUCUCUGAGACAUUUGAUUUGCACUGGAAACUGAUCUGAACUUGAUCAACAAAGUCUGGCAAUUAUUGUUUUUUUAAUGUAAUAAUGCAAUAGUUAGUAAUUAAUCAGUGUGGUUUGCAUUAUGUAUCAACAAUGCAAGGAAAUUCAACAGAUUGUGGAGCAUAACUUCAAUAAAAAUAUUAUUUGUACAAUG